UUAAACUAAAGUUCUUUUUUCAUUCUUUAUAGACGAAGCGACAAUGGCGCCAUCUAUUAGCGUAAAGGAGUACUACGCGGAAAAGUCUAUAUUCAUCACGGGCUCCACAGGCUUCAUGGGAAAAGUUUUGGUGGAGAAGAUCCUGAGGUCUUGUCCCGAUGUGAAGUGCUUGUACUUGCUCAUGAGAUCCAAGAAGGGACACAGCAGUAAAGAGAGGAUAGACGAGUUUUUGAACUGCAAGGUGUUUGAUUAUUUGAAAAGCGAGUAUCCAGAACAGCUGCAGAAACUGCGAGUGGUUCCAGGUGACAUCCUGGUAGAAGACCUGGGAAUGAGCAAAGAGGACCGGGAGAUGCUGCAGAAGGAGUGUCACGUGGUGUUCCACUGCGCUGCCUGCGUGAGAUUCGACAUGUUCAUCCGGGACGCGGUCAACUUGAACACCGUUGGGACCCAGAGGGUGUUGGAUCUGGCCUCCGGGAUGACAAAGCUGGAGGUCUUUGUGCACGUCUCUACGGCGUAUAACCACUGUGAUUUGGAAGUGCUGGAGGAGAAGUUGUACCCCUCCAAGCACAAGCCUCACCACGUCAUGAACUGCGUCUCUUGGAUGGACGACCAACUCCUGGAGCAUAUGCAGCCCAAACUCAUAGAGCCCCAGCCUAAUACAUACGCUUACACAAAAGCGUUGACCGAAGACCUGGUGGGACAGUACGCUGACAAAUUCCCCAUAGUCAUAGCAAGGCCAUCUAUCGUGACUGCGUCGUUUAAGGAGCCAAUGCCCGGUUGGGUUGACAAUUUAAACGGCCCUACGGGUCUUAUGGUUGGCGCUGGCAAAGGUGCAAUAAGAACUAUGCAUAUGGACGAAACUCUACAUGCGGAUGUCAUACCAGUCGAUAUGGUGGUCAACGCCUGCAUACUCCUCGCGUACACCACAGCAUUAGAGAAAUCAAAAGAGUUAAAAGUAUGCAAUCUGACGCUGUCGGAGGAUAACCCGCUCACAUGGAAAGAGGCUCUUGAUAUCGGUCGUCAUCACGUGAAGGAGUUCCCGUUCUCCGUGUGCCUGUGGUACCCGGGCGGCUCGCCCAAGACCUCCUGGCUGCAGCACCAGGUGGCGCUGUUCUUCACACACCUGUUACCCGCUUACUUCGUGGAUCUGAUCAUGAUUCUACUAGGAAAGAAGCCUUUCAUGGUCAAACUGCAGAAAAAAAUCAACUACGGCUUGGAAGUUCUACAGUACUACACGACAAAAGAGUGGCAUUUCAAAAACGAUAAUCUAAGAGCGCUGAGACAGAAAAUAGGUCCAGAGGAUGACAAAACAUUUUUCACUGAUACCAAAAUUAUAAAUUGGAGUUCAUACCUAAGGGAUUACAUCAGAGGUGCCAGGGAAUAUUGCCUUAAAGAAGAUCCAUCUACACUGCCGCAAGCGAGGAAACUACACUGGCAAUUGUAUUAUGCUGAUAAGAUGCUGCAAUUUCUGGUGUAUUCAUUGUUAACAUACGUCAUUUACUCAUACUUAAAAAUGUUUAUGAGCAUAAUGAAUUUUUAACUUUUUGCGUUUGUCAUAAAAUUAUUAUACCUUAUAAUUUGUGCAAUACAAAACAUUGCGGCCAUUGUGGAGAUUAAAAAAAUGAUUACCGGUGAAAGUGUACAAUGUGUUUAGCUAUUAAUGAUAAUUAUAUUAUUAUAACUGUUUAUAAUUUAUUUGUAAUGUUUUAAUGUAAAAAUGAUCUUAAUGCUUUCUUUUCUAACUUUGUCAAUAUUUCUAGUCUUAUUUCGAUUUUAUUUUAAUUAAAUGACACUUAUUUGAGAUUU